UAUUUUUUGUGUUCUGCGCCCGCGCUGUCAGCUGUCACAAAUGUCAUGUGUGCAGUGUAAAAUAUGAAUCAUGUUUCUAAUAAUUAAAAGGGAAAUUUCUGGCAAUAAUGGUCGUUAAUAAUGUAUGGUCAAAGAACGAAAAUUCUUUUUAAAGUUUAAAAUGGCGUUCGAUCGGAGUUUCAUCAACGUUUUGAUGCUUGGGUUGGCGUUCAUGUUGGUGUUCACCGCGUUCCAGACAUGGGGAAACAUUCAAAAAACCAUGAUCGAAAGCAUUAAACUCGACGAUGAAAACUUCAAAGAAGCAAACGCCUACUACAGUAUGGCCAUCAUCUAUGUAUUCCUGGCCAUUUUCAACUGGACAUCACCAUCCGCCAUUAGUGUCAUCGGAGCCAAAUUUUCUAUGCUUAUUGGUGGCAUCACUUAUUUGUUGUUUAUUAUGUCUUUUGCACUUCCACGUGUAUGGCUCCUGUAUGUAGCAAGUGGAAUUAUAGGAAUCGGAGCUGCGUUAAUCUGGACAGGACAAGGCGUUUAUUUGGCACUGAACUCCGACGAAAACACUAUAUCCAGAAACUCGGGAGUUUUUUGGGCUAUGCUACAAAUGAGCAUGUUCGUGGGCAACACCUUCGUCUACUUCGUCUUCCGUGGUCAGGAUCAAGUAAACAGCACCCAGAGGCAAAUCGUUAUAUGGACGUUAUCCGCCAUAGCAUUAAGCGGAAUCAUCGUGAUGGUUUUCUUCCCAAAACCACCGAAGAAACAAAGAAUUCCCGAUAGAGAUACUGACGAGGACCAUGUGGAACCACCCAGUGGACCCAUCGAGGCUCUUAAAGGAGCUGUGAGGUUGUUUUUUACUAGAGAUAUGUUGAUGUUAUGCGUUACAUUUAUCUAUACAGGCUUGGAACUUGGAUUCUGGAGCGGCGUCUAUGGCUCAUGUAUAGGUUUUACGAAAAAUCUUCCUAGCAGGAAAGAACUGGUGGGCAUGUCAGGAAUUUUCAUUGGGGUUGGUGAAGUAUUAGGUGGUGCAGCGUUCGGCAUCUUGGGCUCCAGAACAAACAAAUGGGGAAGAGAUCCCAUAGUUAUAGCAGGAUUCAUCUUACAUAUCGUCAGCUUUUUCCUAAUAUUUUUGAAUUUGCCUAAUAGUUCUCCGUUUACGGAUACGGCUGACACUGCCUUUAUUACCAGUAAUGCUUAUGUUGCCAUAUUGUGCUCGUUCUUACUGGGACUAGGAGAUGCCUGUUACAACACCCAGAUUUAUUCGAUUUUGGGUGGAGUGUAUGCAGAAGAUAGUUCUUCGGCGUUUGCCAUUUUUAAGUUCACUCAGUCGGUAGCAGCGGCCAUAAGCUUUAUCUACGCCUCAUCUCUGGUCCUUUACGGACAACUGGGAAUCUUAAUAAUCUCAGGCAUUUUGGGGACAAUAACGUUUGUCUGGGUGGAGUGGCAAGCGAAAAAAGUGAUUGUAGCAGCCGGCUCCUCACAAACCAUAUCGGAACAUUCUGACUAUAAAGCUCAAUAAAAUAAUGUAGAUAAAUGGUGAAUCCUCUAUAAGGGUUUUGUUUUAAUUAUAAGGAUUAAGGUAAUCAGGGGCUGUGUUGUUUGUCCAUAUAGCAUGUGAAGUAUUUUUUUGACAAUUACUGUGAAAACCGUAGAAAUUAUUCCUAUUAAAGAAAAACUAAUUGGUAAGGUGGCACUUAAUUAGUUAUAUGUAUAGUUUUUUUUUAUAUAUUAACGAUGCCAUAUAAGUUUUUUAUAUAUUUGUACUAUAUUAAAAGAUUUUUUUCUAUUUAUUAAGACUGAGAAUAUAUCAUUUUACAUAAA